AUGGUAUCAAGUCUACUUGCUCGUUGUAUCAUUGUAACCAUCGGUACACUGUAUCCCGGAUAUCGAUCAUACAAAUCACUUAUUAAUGCAGAUUUACGCGAAGUGGUUAAUUGCCUUCGAUAUUGGAUUGUAUUUUCUAUAUUUCUUGCAUGUGAAACAGUAACUGAUGUUUUUUUAUCAUGGUUUCCAUUUUAUUAUUGGAUUAAAAUUAUUCUUGUACUUUGGAUGAUUUCACCAGCUGGCUCAACACUUUUAUACAAACGUUUUGUUCAACCGGUGCUUAAAGAACGUGAACAAGAAAUUGAUCAAUUACUUGAACAAACUAAACAAAAAGGCUAUUCGACAUUACGUGAAUUAACUAGUAGAAGUGUUCGAUAUGCAUCAAAUAUGUUUUUAAAUACGGCUGUAUUAGGUCAAGCAUAUCUUGGUGAACAUUUGAAACGUUCAUUAAGUACAAGUGAUCUUGAUAGUAGUCCAACAAAAAUUUUUUUCAAUCCACCUGAGACAUUAUUAGAAGAAGACGAAGAAAUCGAGCAAAAAGUAAAUAAACGUUUGAAGGAAGGUCAGAAUCAUACAUCAAAAGGCAAAAAUAAUACUAAUCGGCGACAACCGUCACACCAAAGAGAAAAAUCAGAUAAUACGACUAAUAAUUCAUUAGGUGAAUCAAAAAUGUCAGAAGAUAUAACUCAUAAAAAACAACGUACAGAAAACAAGACAAAUGCCGUGGUUUAUGCAUCAAAUGAAGUAAAUAUUGAUUUUUAUUUUUUCA